AUGGGAGACGACAGCUCUCCGGACCUGAGCCUGAAGCUCAGGAGGGGCUCCAGCGAUUCCAGGGAUUCCUUCUACAUGGACUUCGACAGGGGCAUCGACUCGGACAUCGACGAGAUGGCCACCACAUCGGGGGCGGAGCACGGGGACACCACGGCGGAGACCACGGCUACCCCCACGGCUCUGGGCCAGGGGAAGGUCGAGGGUGCGAGUUGGCCGACCAUUCCGCCGCAGAAUAUGAGCGGCGGCAGCAGAAGCACCGCUAUGGGGGGCGGCGACCCCCUGCUGCCCUCUCCAGCCUCCCCAGCCCCCAUCAUCGUGUCUCCGGAAACGUUGAGCCACUCGUCGCCAUCCAAGUCCACCAGGCAGUCUGCACACGUACAAAUCGCCCCGCCACCCAAAUUAAUGUCGCCCGGACCAUUGGCUAUUGCAGGGUACUUUCAUCAACAGCAGCCGUCAUUGCCCAUAGUAAGAAGAUUAUCCCGAGCUGAAAAACAAGAGGAAUGGAGGCAACUGGGGUCGGACGCCCUCGCCACCACCCUGUCAGCCCUUUACGGCAAACUGCUGGUGGUGAUGGGCACCGCCUUCCCCAUGGCCGAAGUCAUCUCCACGUACAUCCCUCCGUCCUUCUACGAAGCCUACUAUCUGUACCUCUACAUCGGCAGCAUGUUCUUCUUGCUGUAUAUGUACGCCGUCCUGCUCAGGGAUAAGAGAAUGAUGAAGAGUCAAGCCAAGGCCAGCUUGAAGGCUGAAGAAGCUAAAGAAGAAAGCUUAUCUGACGAAGAAUCCGACAACGAUUCCAACUCCACUAGCGUGGCGGACACCGUCAGCUCCCACAGCUAUAGACCCAGAAAGUCCUCGCUAUCCUACUCUGAAAAACAAAACCACUAUGGUAGCUUUUACCUGAGAAUGGGAGCUGUAGCCUUCGGCAUCGGGAGCAUGAUCUACUCCGGCCUGGAGUUCGGGCAGUACUUCGAGUUGGAGAGGAACACGAAAUGCCACAACGUCCUGCUGGCCCUCACCCCGGCCACGAGGAUGGCAUUUAUUUUUAUACAGAUGUACUUUAUAUUUUUGAAUAACGAACAAAUGAGGGUAUACAAACACAAACUAGCCGCGCGAUUCGGUCUUAUGCACAUGAUAGGUACAAAUCUCUCCGUCUGGCUGAACGUACUGGUACAAGAAACCAAACACGAAAUACUCACAUUUUACAACCCCGAAAACAACUCUUUGAAGAUAUCACAUCGCAUCCCUUAUAAAGGAAACAUUCUAGGACUGCCACUGGUGGCCUCCGAUCACCCCCCGGAAACCCACGGCCACCACAUCGUCGCCAGAGGCUUGAAGGGUCCCCACCACCUCUACGAGUGCCGACGCACUAACAUUAUAGGCUCCCUUGUCCAAGACGCUUCCCCUUUCCUCUUCCCCUGUACCAUCGAAUACAGCCUCAUCUGCGCCGCCAUCCUCUACGUCAUGUGGAGGAGCAUCUCCAAGAUGCCUCCCACAGGUCUAAUCUCUAGGACUAAAAGUGGAAUCACCCAGUACAAGAAGAGCCCUCACCAUUACUCUGUGGACUGCGCCAGAGCCCACAAGGGUCUCUUCGUCGGUAUCCUCUUGCUCGUCCUCACCAUAAUCUCCCUCAUACUCUUCUUCGUGUUAAUCUCUCGCGUAGAAUUCGUCGGACUGGCCGUGGUGGAGGUCAACAUAUGCGAACUGGUUCUGUACGGUUUGACGACCCUAGCGUCGAUCGUGGGGAUGUGGCAGGUGAGGCAGCUGAAAUACGACGGUAGUAAGAACCUGCAACUGGACAACAUCCUCUUGAUUGGCGCCCAGACUGGAAUGUUCAUCUACAGCACCUUCACCAUAAUCGGAGGACAGUUCACUUUGCAGCGGAGCACCGUGCUGGUGCUUGUCACGGCUCUAGCUUCACUUUUACAGACCACCUGCCAGACAAUCUUCAUACUAGACGCCUCCAGGAGGACCUGCGUGACUCCAGAUCAAAUGAAGAAGAAGCCUGGUAGGGAAAUAGUCACUUUCCUUCUAGUCACCAACCUAGCCAUGUGGGCUAUUAAUACCUUGGAGAAAUCUAGAGCGGAGUCACAUCCUAUCCAGCUUCAUUUCUAUGGUCUUUGGGCGUGGACCAUCAUCACCCACGUGUCUAUGCCCCUCGCCAUUUUCUACAGGUUCCACUCUACUGUGUGUCUGUGCGAGAUUUGGAAGAGGGCGUACAAAAUGAAGCCUACUUACAUGUGA